AAAAGCUCUCUUAAUUGAACCAAAACCAGACAGAAUUGAUUCCGGUUAAUGAUUAAAAAACAACAUAGAAAACUUAUAUUUUCGUCAAAUAAGAAUUAAUUAUAAACUGUAAUUGAAGCUCACAUCAUGGACCAUCAUGAUCAAUACCAACAUCAAAUGACUAUUACUUAUAACAAUAAUCCCUAUAACACCAUCGUCACAACACAACCACCACCACCUACAACAACAACAAUGGAUUCAACAACAGCAACAACAAUGAUAAUGGAUGAUGAGAAGAAGUUGAUGACGACGAUGAGCACUAGGCCUCAAGAACCAAGAAACUGUCCAAGAUGCAACUCAAGCAACACCAAGUUUUGUUAUUACAACAACUACAGCUUAGCACAGCCUAGGUACUUGUGUAAGUCUUGUCGGAGAUAUUGGACUGAAGGUGGCUCUCUCCGUAACGUCCCCGUAGGCGGAGGUUCUAGAAAGAACAAGAAGCUUCCACUACUACUUCCUAAUUCCUCUCCUUCUUCUUCCACCAAGAACCUCCCAGAUCUCAACCCUCCGUUUGUCUUCACAUCAUCACCAUCAUCAUCAAACCCUAACAAGACGCAUCAUCAAAACAAUAAUGACCUCAGCCUUUCAUUCUCCUCCCCUAUGCAAGACAAGCGAGAACAAGGGCAUUACGGUCAUUUCACCGAGCAAGUUGUGACAGGAGGGCAGAACUGUCUUUUCCAAUCUCCUAUGGGAAUGAUUCAGUUUCGUCAAGAGUAUGAUCAUGACCACCACAAAAAGAAUCUUGGGUUUUCAUUAGACAGGAACGAGGAAGAGAUUGGUAAUCAUGGUAACUUCGUUGUUAAUGGAGAAGGAAGUAAGAUUAUGUAUCCUUAUGGAGAUCAUGAAGACCGUCAUCAACAUCACCAUGUGAGACACGAUGAUGGUAAUAAGAAGAGAGAAGGUGGUUCAAGCAAUGAGCUAUGGAGUGGAAUCAUCCUAGGUGGUGAUAGUGGUGGACCAACAUGGUGAUAUGAAUAUAUAUUGUCAAAAGGA